GAUAUACACGCAGCGUGAGCAUCUCUUCACCGAUGUGUGUUCCCUGCCCGUCCAAUAAGAGUUGAGAAAAAAAAAGACCAGCUGUCAAACUUCGUCGAGCUGGGAUCGAUGCGGAGCGACCUGCUAUCACGUCCGGUGUUAUGAGAUUAAAUAUGUAACGCAACUUAAAGACACUUGACGUUAAACAAAAGUUGAAGAUGGAGACGAUUAACACGGACGAGUUGAUUUCGAAAUUAAUCUCCGGCACAUAUGAGGAAUUCUGUAUAAAUAUUGUUGUGUUUCUAAAAGUUUAUGAUAAAAAGACCAGUUUUCAAGAGCUGGAUAGUACCUGUUUGCGAGAGAAGUUAUGGAACAGAUUAUUUUAUUAUUUAACGGAUUAUGUUCAUAUAGACCAACAUCAUCAUUGCUUGGCAGCUUUGAGGAUACUCAGCCGCGAUAAAGCCAAGUUAAAUGCUUUAAUCACUGAGGAUGCAAUAAAGAUCAUAUUACAGAAUGCAGGCUUGACACAAAUAUGCGAAGGGGAACAAAUCUCGUGUACAAUCGUUACGGCAGAAUCACUAAAGCUGCUGUCCAACUUAAUAUUUAAUAGCGUAAAAGUGCAACGCUCGAAAGUAGUAAUAUCUUCUUUGCCUUAUCUCAUCGAUCGGAUUAAAAGUUACACGGCUGAUGUUCCCGGUGAUGUCAAGUUGUUUGACAUGAGAAUACUGUUCUUGCUCACUGCACUAAACACAUCCGUCAUAGACACAGUCAAAACUGAUUUGUGCGGUGAAGCAUGUCUUACUAAAAUAAUAGAGGAAUUUGCAACGCAAAAUCAGAACAACGUGACGCGUGUAACUAAGGCCGAGGAUACGACGUUAGUCUGCGAAGUUUUAAAAAUUCUAUUUAAUUUUUACAUGCACUCGGAUGAUGUCAGCAUUGAGGACCAAGAGAGAUGUAAGAAUCUGGUGUUAAUUCUGUAUAAAUUGUUAACUCUUAAAUAUUUAGGGCAGCCAGACGAUCUUGAAAGCAAUGUUGUCAACCUGCUGACCGUGAUACCGUAUAGCUGUUAUGCGCCAAUUGUACCGGCCGCUGAGGGCAACGACUGUAAAGAUGUAUACCAAAAUAUGGAUAUGAGUGCUGUAUGCGUGUUACUUAGGUUUUUAGAUAAGAGAUUAGAGUGUAAAACGCAUCUAAAAGAAAACAUUUCGCCAAUACUUACUACGCUGGUCAGACUCGUCAAAUCAGAGCGAAUUAUUCGCAAAUACCUAAGAUUGCAGAUUCUACCUCCAUUAAAGGACGUAAUGCAUCGUCCUGAAGAAGGGACAACGUUGAGGGCCAAGUUAUGCAAAUUCUUAACAUCACCGAUCACAGAGUUGCACAAUCUAGUUUCAGAAUUUUUGUUCGUUCUUUGUAAAGAAAAUGUUAAUCGCAUGGUGAAAUAUACGGGAUAUGGAAAUGCGGCAGGAAUGUUCGCUGCUAAAGGGUUAUUAGGUCGUGGCCAGACGAAAACGGUUUAUUCUUCCGAGUCGGAGGAUAGCGAAACGGAAGAAUAUCAGAAGUAUAAGGAGCAGAUAAACCCAGUAACUGGGUGUUUCGAGCAUCCCAAGCCAAAUCCAUUUGAAGGCAUGACGGAGGAGCAAAAGGAAUUCGAAGCUUUAAAACUAGUGAAUCUUGUUGAUAAAUUGACAAGGGAGGGAGUCGUGCGUCCUUGCCGCAUCGGCGACGAUGGAAAACCAGAGCCGAUAGAACACGUUCUCGAGUUACAGAACGAGUUGCCGAAACAGCAGUACGGUAGAAAGGAUUCGGACUCCGAAUAAAUAUGUUAUAUAUCUCCAAAAUACAGGACGAUCUGCAUGUAUAGAUGUAUCUUCCCGAAUAAAGAUGUUUAAGAAAA